AUGCCUAAGAUUGUUGUACUGAUUUCAGGAUCAGGUUCUAAUCUGCAAGCAUUGAUCGACGCUAAAAAUACUGGCCGGUUGGAAAAUGUGGACAUUAGUGUUGUUAUUUCUUCAAGCAAGAAAGCUUAUGGGUUGACAAGAGCGCACAAUAAUAAUAUACCCACGGUAGUACAUUCGUUGUUUCAAUAUAAUAAAGACAUCGAUAAAAAAGAUACAGUAAAUCGUGAAAUUGCAAGAAGAGCAUUUGAAAAAGACUUAUCAAUAAUAAUAAAUAAACACUCUCCAGAUUUGAUCGUAUGUGCAGGCUGGCUAUUGAUAUUGGGAAAAACUUUUCUAAGUAAUAUAGAUUCCAUACCAAUAAUUAAUUUGCAUCCUGCAUUACCUAGAGCAUUUGAUGGCACUACACAUGCGAUUGAAUUAGCUUGGAAUCAAUGUCAAGAGCAAAAUAAACCGUUAGAAGCAGGUUGUAUGGUUCACUAUGUCAUAGAGGAAGUCGAUAGAGGUGAACCGUUGGUGGUUAAAAAGUUGCAAAUUAUACCAGGUAACGAGACUUUAGAAGCUUAUGAAGCAAGAGUUCACCAAGAAGAACAUGCAGCUAUAGUGGAAGCUACGAUAAAGGCUUUGAAAGAACAUAAUAAGUUAUGA